AUGGUGGCUCCGAGAGCUCCAGAAAUUUCCAAGUCGCACCCACAACCAAGUGCAGAUGAGACGACUCUCGCCAAGCUAGGAUACAAACAGGAGUUUCACAGGGAAUUCACUCCGCUAGAGGUGUCUGGACUUGCAUUCAGCUAUGCUGGAGUGGUUCCUUCUAUAGUCUCCGUGCUCUUCUACGCCAUACCAAAUGGUGGGCCUUUCGCGAUGGUUUGGGGUUGGGCAGUUGCUUGCCCCUUUAUCAUGUGCAUCGGAUUGACGAUGGCGGAGCUCGCAUCUGCGGCACCUACUUCUGGUGGUCUAUACUAUUGGACUUACUCGCUCGCCUCUCCACGAUGCCGCAAUUUUCUGUCCUGGAUAGUUGGCUAUUCGAACACCAUAGAGAUGAUCGCGGGAGUCGCUUCCGUAAACUGGGCUUGUGCAAUUCAAAUCACUGCAGCAAUUACUAUUACCUCCUCUGACCAGGCAUAUACGGCUACCAACCAGCAGCUCUAUGGCAUAUACGCAGCUGUGCUUUUGUCGCAAGCUGUCCUCGUGAGCUUCGGUACCAAAGUUCUGGCAAGGCUACAGAGACUAUUCACGUUGGUGAAUGUGCUCCUUUGCUUCAUAAUCAUCAUUGCGCUUCCGAUCGCAACGCCAUCAGAUUAUCGAAACAGUGCAAAUUUUGCGCUGGGGGAUUUCACCAAUCUGGUCGGCUGGCCGUCUGGAUUCGCAUUUAUUUUGAGCUUGAUGGCUCCUCUCUCUGCAAUAGGGGGUUAUGAUGCUGCCGUUCAUAUGAGCGAGGAGGCUUCAAAUGCCGCUAUUGCGAUACCAUGGGCAAUAAUUAGUUCCAUUGCUUUAUCGGCCGUCCUCGGUUGGGGAAUCAACAUCACCCUUGCCUUUUGCAUGGGCACUGAUGUCAGCAGCGUCUUAAACAGCCCUACAGGCCAGCCUAUGGCACAGAUCUUAUACAAUUCGCUCGGGCAGAAAAAGGCCCUGGCUCUGUGGUGGCUCAUUAUUGUAGCGGAGUACAUGAUGGGAUCGACCUACCUCCUAGUUGGCUCUCGCCAAACGUUUGCAUUUGCUCGUGACGGAGCCCUCCCUUUUUCACGGUAUCUGUACCGGAUCAAUCGUUACACAGAAACACCCGUCAACACAGUUUGGUUCGACACCAUCUGCGCUCUGGCCAUUGGACUUUUGGCGUUCGUAAGUACCGAAGCCAUCAAUGCGGCAUUCACGAUUAAUGUCACCUCGUCGUACGUCGCUUACAUACUGCCGAUCACGACCCGCUUUGCGUUCAAGAAUGAUUUCAAACCCGGCCCAUUUUAUCUGGGGAAACUGAGCUUUCCAGUCGCUGUGAUCGCUGUGGCGUGGAUGGUCUUCGUGAUCCUUGUUUUCUUCUUUCCUGCGACCCCGCAAACGACGAUACAAGAGAUGAACUAUACGGUUGUGGUACUUGGAGCGUCCAUGUUUCUCGCAAUUUCCUGGUAUUAUUGUCCGGUAUACGGAGGCGUACAUUGGUACACUGGACCCAUAUAUAACUUUACACCGGCUAUUGGAGGUGAAGACGGACACCGUGACGAGGAUUCGAUGUCGGAGAAGGAACAAGGCGUCUCUAUUCAAGCGGUGGAUUUAUAA